GUGGAUGCCAGGAAUGUACAGGAGGCAGAAUCCCAGGGUCCUGCUGCAAGUGGGCUUUUACAGGCACCUGACUCGUCAUACACUCCAUAAGGGCUGGGAUUGAGCCCCUGAGAAGGAGGUGGGGCUCUUGCACCAGUCUGACCUCAUGCAAGUAGAUCCAGGAAGAGAUGGCCACCAAGGAGAAGCUGCAGUGUCUGAAAGACUUCCACAAGGACAUCUUGAAGCCCUCCCCAGGGAAGAGCCCGGGUACGCGGCCCGAGGACGAGGCGGAGGGCAAGCCCCCACAGAGGGAGAAGUGGGCCAGCAAGAUCGACUUCGUGCUCUCCGUGGCUGGCGGCUUCGUGGGCUUGGGCAAUGUCUGGCGUUUCCCGUACCUCUGCUACAAAAAUGGUGGAGGUGCAUUUCUCAUACCGUAUUUUAUUUUCCUGUUUGGGGGCGGCCUGCCUGUGUUUUUCCUGGAGGUAAUCAUAGGCCAGUACACCUCUGAAGGUGGCAUCACCUGCUGGGAAAAGAUCUGCCCCUUGUUUUCAGGCAUCGGCUAUGCCUCCAUUGUGAUUGUGUCACUCCUGAAUGUCUACUACAUCAUCAUUCUGGCCUGGGCCACAUACUACCUGUUCCAGUCCUUCCAGUCAGAGCUGCCCUGGGCACACUGCAACCACAGCUGGAACACACCCCACUGUAUGGAGGACACCACACGCAGCAACCGGAGCCUGUGGGUCAGCUUCAGCGCCAGCAACUUCACCUCCCCUGUCACCGAGUUUUGGGAGCGCAAUGUGCUGAGCCUGUCCUCCGGCAUCGAUGACCCCGGCUCUCUGAAGUGGGACCUGGCUCUCUGCCUCCUCUUCGUCUGGCUGAUCUGUUUCUUCUGCAUCUGGAAGGGCGUCAGGUCCACGGGGAAAGUGGUCUACUUCACAGCCACGUUCCCAUUCGCUAUGCUCCUGGUGCUGCUGGUGCGUGGACUGACGCUGCCUGGUGCGGGCGCAGGCAUCAAGUUCUAUCUGUACCCCGACAUCAGCCGCCUCGAGGACCCACAGGUUUGGAUUGAUGCAGGGACCCAAAUAUUCUUCUCCUAUGCCAUCUGCCUGGGAGCCAUGACCUCACUGGGGAGCUACAACAAGUACAAGUACAACUCAUACAGGGACUGUUUGCUGCUGGGAUGCCUGAACAGUGGUACCAGUUUUGUGUCUGGCUUCGCAAUUUUUUCCAUCCUGGGCUUCAUGGCACAAGAGCAAGGGGUGGACAUUGCUGAUGUGGCUGAGUCAGGUCCCGGCCUGGCCUUCAUUGCCUACCCAAAAGCUGUGACAAUGAUGCCGCUGCCCACGUUUUGGUCCAUUCUUUUUUUUAUCAUGCUUCUCUUGCUUGGACUGGAUAGCCAGUUUGUUGAAGUCGAAGGACAGAUCACGUCCUUGGUUGAUCUUUACCCAUCCUUCCUAAGGAAGGGUUUCCGUCGGGAAAUCUUCAUCGCCUUCAUGUGUAGCAUCAGCUACCUGCUGGGGCUGACGAUGGUGACGGAGGGUGGCAUGUAUGUGUUUCAACUCUUUGACUACUAUGCAGCUAGCGGUGUAUGCCUUUUGUGGGUUGCAUUCUUUGAAUGUUUUGUUAUUGCCUGGAUAUAUGGCAGUGAUAACUUCUAUGACGGUAUUGAGGACAUGAUCGGCUAUCGGCCUGGGCCCUGGAUGAAGUACAGCUGGGCUGUGGUCACUCCAAUUCUCUGUGUUGGAUGUUUUAUCUUCUCUCUCGUCAAGUACAUCCCCCUGACCUAUAACAAAGUCUACGUGUACCCCAACUGGGCCAUUGGGCUGGGCUGGACCCUGGCCCUGACCUCCAUGAUGUGUGUGCCCUUGGUCAUGAUCGUCCGCCUCUGCCAGACGGAAGGACCGUUCCUCGUGAGAGUCAAGUACCUGCUGACUCCUCGGGAGCCCAACCGCUGGGCCGUGGAGCGCGAGGGGGCCACGCCCUACAGCUCCCGCCUGUCCAUGAACAUGAACGGGGCUCUCAUGAAACCCACCCACAUCAUAGUGGAGACCAUGAUGUGAGAUCUCUCGGGUCGACGGGGCUGCUUUCCUGCUGUUUACUAACAUUAGAUUCUCAUAGGACCAGGUUUACAGAGCUUUAUAUUUGCACUAGGAUUUUUUUUUAAUUGUCACAGAAAAUGUUACCGUGUGCGUGUGUGCGUGUGUGUGCAGUGUUGUGCGUAUGUGUAUAUUGUUUUGAUUUGGGGGGAUAUUUUGUACAAAAAGAAACCCACGGGCAGAUGUCCGGGGAGAGGCAGAGCUUUCAUACUGAAUUAGAUGUAUUUUAUGGGAACUUGGUAAAUUUUUCUUUGUACUUUUUUUUUUUUUUUUUUUUACAUAUAACUAUAUAUACACUUAGAGAUUGUCGUACACUUUUACCACUUGAAUUGAUCUUGCCAGCAAUAGAUCUCGUUUUCAAAAGCAAUCCUUCGGUGCUUGUGUAGCUGGCAUAAAGUUCUUCCCCCCAAAAUGCAGGGUGGAACUUUCCUGGGACAGCAGACCCAUUUUAAAGGUGUGGUACCUUCCGAAGCCUGGUUCAAAUUGACACGAACAGCAGGGAGAGGACCCCACUAGCUGGCCAGACCCCCUGGGGCCUGGGGAAAGAAGGGCGGUGGGAGAUGCCUCUCUACACUUGUCUUAGCCAAGAAGAGAGAUGCCAAAAUGAUGAACCAUGCCUGCCAACAAAGGGGCUGACUUGAAGCCAGCAGGUGAAUCUCAGUCUGAUGCUAAGCAGUAGACUCCACUGCACCAGGAGCAACCCCACCUUUUAUUUUGAGAUCUUGAGGGCAGGUAGGGAGCUGGACCCUCAGAACUGAGAGGGAGCCGUGCGAGGUCCGAGAGUGCUGGUAGCUGGCCACUGGGUUUGCAGCCCUCGGGGGUACUGCUCAGCCCGAGUCUUCGAGCAUCUGGCCCAGUGGGCAGUGGUGUCAGGGCUUCCAGACCUCACAGAGGGGUCUGCUGGAUCUGAGUACGGUGGUGUCAGGUUCUGGCCACCUUCUCCCCCCGCCCCUCCAGGCCUCUCAGCGGCCUGUUGGAGGGAAAUGUUGCACUUGUUGAGGGCCGAGGGCUAAGCAGUGGGCCCGAGGAUGUGUCCCGAGUCCCCAAGGUCCCGGCAUCCCUGAGGGGUGCUUUUCUUUCCUCAUUCUCCAUCCUCACCUUGGUCCUCAUCUCCCAGAGCCUGGGAAGCUCCUGGCGAGUUCCUGUGGAAGGUCCCAGGACAGGGUCACCCUAGCUCCUAGCAGGGAGUGCCAAGGGCAUCCUUGGAGGUUCACCAAGUCCUGGAUUCUGGUGAAGGGUUCCCGAAGUUCAGGUCAGGCACUAAUGCCAGCCUUGGGGUGACCUGGGAAAUGAUAAAACUCUUCACUUCAGAAACCCUGCAAUGGCUGGUGUCAGAUAUUAAGUAUGUGGGCAUGAGGGAGAGGAGGUAGUGGACCAUUUUCUAGAAGGUUGGGAUUGUUCACGGGGGCUGUCACCCCAAGACCCCUUAUGUAGAGCGGUGUUCCUUUCUGAACCAGGAGAGAAGGUGCCCCGCUUUUAAAAUCUUGAGUACUAUAGACACAUACCCCCAGUCCCCACUUGGACCUAAACUGUGCCAUUGAAACAGUCACUUCCAAGUUCAGAGUCUAAACUAAACCAAAACGUUGUCACGCACAAAAGGCAGUGACUGCCUGGGGGGUGUGGGCUCUCUGAAUCCUGAAACCCCCUCCGCAAGUUCCGGAGCGGGGAGGAGCCUUUGGGGUUCCCCCUCCCUAGGGGCAGAGGCCAUUCUGAACCUCUUGUCUUUGGCAAGCACCCCAUUUCACUGUUUCCAAAGCAUAUACUCUGCCAAACACCCGAGCCUACUCCAAACUGGUAGCAGUUCUGACGUGUUCCCUCUUAGGUGUUUAUGGUUGCCGCUGAGUCUGAUUUGAUCUGUUGAGGUUUUUUCCCCCCUAAUUUUACCGAGUAGCAAUGUGACCUGUUUUCCCUCGUCUUAUGGGACUUUAGCAAACUAACCACUGUCGAUGACUGGGGUAGGCGAGGGGUGAGGGCAAGGGUGCUUGGUGAGCUGUGGCUGCCUGGGCAUCAGGGGUCACGCAGGCUACACCAUCCACCCUGCUGGGGCUCAGACCCCAGGUGGAAGACCCUGCACUUCGGGUUUGUAGGCAAAGGGCAACAUUCUGGACGUGGCCCAUGGAAGGCGUCUUCUUCUAAGAUUUCCAGACCAAAUUCUAGACCAAAGACAAAUGCAGACCAAGUCCCCAGGCUCCACCUGGAGGAGGGUCAGCCACUGUCCCCAAGCCUGCGCCUCCAUAGUCUCCGGGGCACCUGUCUCCUAUCGCUACCCUCCCAUGUGAGCUCCCUGCUCUUGUGCAUCCGCAGAACCCGGCUCUGGGUGCCAUGCGUCUCGAAGCCCGCCUGAGUGUCACCACGUAAAAGAAGGAGUAUGCACGCCCUGCGUGUCCCGGGAGUUGCAAUGCCCACCCACAGUCCCGUCAGCCAGAUCAGGCAGGGAGGUGCAGAAAGGGUUUGUAGGGCCCCCAGGGGAACCCAGCCCCCAGGGAUCAGGAGAGCAGUACCUCGAUCUCUGACUGUCCUCAGGCCAUUUGGACUCUAGGCUGUGGCUCAGUGGGACAAGUGACAGCCUCUGGGAAAAGUCAACCCCCUUUCGCCCUGGCCUGCCCAGGACCCCUGCAGCUUUCUCCGAGCUCCUUUGGUGAGAUCCAUGACACCUGAGGAAGCUGAGGUUCAAAGGAGCCUCUUGGUGUGCCACAGGCCAGGCCCUUAAUCCAGGCUCAUGUAGCCGGAGGCCAUGUGGGGAAUUCCAGGUGCCUUCUGGAAAUCCCUUUGGACAAUGUACACCUCUCUGUACUUCUGGCCCCCAUUCUUGUCCUGGACCCCCAGCAUUCCCCCAGAGACAGGGAGGAGCCCUAGGGAGCUGCAGCCCCCCCCCCCCCUUGCCCUAGUACUAGGCAUCUCAAGGCAGUGGUCUGGCCAGCACCCCCACUCCGCCCUUCUACAGGAGCCGCUCUGGGCAGCCAAUGCUGAUGCCGCCGACUAGGCAGGAAAGGACCCAGGAGAACCCCUUGCAGGCCACCAGUUGCCCACCCAGCCCUCAAACCCAAGGUCAGGCAGCCCCAGGCCUGGCUGGCCUGAUAUGCUGUCAUACCACUGUGCAGAGCCCCAGGCCACACAAACCUGGGCAGCAGGGCAGGAGAGGGUGCGGGCCCUCACCCCCCACCCAUGCCUGGCCCUAAGUGUGUUCCCUUUGCUGGGGAGCCUGUGUCAUUGCUCUCAUGUGGGUGUCACUGCUGGCGUGUCCUGGCAUGGUCCCUGAGGGAUGGGGCAUCUUGUUAUAGAUUUGGUUUCAAAUUGGGAUGUUGGCUCCAUUUUUUCUUUUUUUUUACCCAAUUAAUUUUCAAAUCCCAAGCAACUGUGACUCUGUAUUUAGCACAAAGGAAAGCUGAGAAAUGUGGGUCUUGCCUCCUUCCAGAAAUGUCUGGCUCAUCAGGACUUUUUUUUUAAACUUCAAAAUAUUUUUAAGAUAUUUUAAACUUUUGUAAAAAAAAAAAAAAUCAACCAACAAGAGACUCUUCUGAGGAGGAACAUUUGUAUUUGAUAAGAUCUUUGGUGUGUAAUCAGUCUUGCAGUAUCCAAGCUUUUGUGUAUAAAUGUUUUAUGACAUGAAUCCCUGUAUUUUGCAGGGCUUUUCUUUUGCUUUUUAGAUAAAUACGUAUAUCAAAAUAUUUUAAAUUCAUCUUUGCUUUUUUUUUAGAGGAGUUUGUAAUCACCCUUCAACAUGAAAAUAAACAUUUCCUUUUUAAAAUCCAAAAGGCUGCAGUAUGUCUUGGU